CAUAACAUUAAAUAUGGUAUCUGGCACAGAGCCGUCAGCAGCAGAUCCUUUAAGUCCUGUAAGUUGUGAGGUGGGGCCUCCGUGGAUUGGACUUGUUUGUCCGGAACCUUCCAUAGACGCUGGAUCGGAUUGAGAUCUGGGGAAUUUGGAGGUUGAGUCAAUACCUUCAACUCUUUGUCAUGUUCCUGAACAGUGUGUGCGGUGUGUCAGGGAGCGUUAUCCUGCUGAAAGAGGACACUGAUAUUAGGGAACACCGUUACCAUGAAGGGGUGUACUCGGGCUGCAGCGGUGUUUAGGUAGGUGGUACGUGUUAAAGUGACAUCCACAUGAAUACAGGACCCGAGGUUUCCCAGCAGAACAUUGCCCAGAGCAUCACACUGCCUCCACCAGCUCGCCUUCUUCCCAUAGUGCAUCCUGGUGCCGUCUCUUCUCCAGGGUAAUGAUGAUGAAGCCGUAGUGGACAUGGGGAAGACGAGCUCCACCAUCCACACUAACUUUGAGAAGGAGGAGCUUGAAAGUCACAGAGCCGUGUAUGUCGGGGUCCACGUCCCUUUGGGGCGACAAAGCAGGAGACGGCAUCGACAUCGAGGACACAGACACCACCGCAAACGGAGAGACAGAGGCUCGGAGCGCGAGGACGGACGAGAGUCCCCCACAAACGACACUCCUUCUCAGCGGGUUCAGUUUAUUCUGGGCACUGAGGAUGAUGAUGAAGAGCACAUUCCCCAUGACCUGUUCACCGAGCUGGAUGAGCUGCACUUCCUCAAUGGAGAGAUGUACGAGUGGAAGGAGAUGGCCAGGUGGCUGAAGUUUGAGGAGGACGUGGAGGAUGGAGGUGAGAGGUGGAGUAAGCCGUAUGUAGCCACUCUCUCGCUCCACAGCCUGUUCGAGCUCCGCAGCUGCAUCAUGAACGGCACCGUGCUGCUCGACAUGAGGGCGAACACCAUCGACGAGAUCGCAGACAUGAUCAUCGACAGCAUGGUGGCGUCACAGCAGCUGGACGAGUCUCUGAUGGAGAAGGUUCGGGAGGCCGUGCUGAAGCGACAUCAUCACCAGAGCGAGAAGAAGCUGAGCAACCGCAUCCCGCUCGUGCGCUCCUUCGCUGAUAUAGGGGAGGGGCUCUCCGCCUCCCGCCUCUCACUUAGGAGACUCUCCUCCCUCCCCCAGACCUGCUGGGCGUCCCGAGACUCUCGUGGCUCCUUCGUGCUCAACUUUCUGCAGCCACAGUUGAGCCCAGCCCCUUCUAUGAACACCACACAGGCCACGCCCCCUACCUCCCGCCCCACCUCCUCACGGGUGCCUGAGCUGCUCGUGUGUGGUGGACAGAUGGACAACAUCCCGCAGGUAGUGCUGUUCCCACCUGAGGAGGAGGAGGAGUCUCAGUUUUGUGACUCUGCCCACUGUGAGGCGGAGGGGGUGGUGGCUGGCCCCGCCCAGAACUUCCUGCUCCUGGCCCCGCCUUUAGAAGGUCUCAUGGCGUCUCCACACUCUGCUCCGGGGAAUCUGGAGAACAGUAAACCCAGUGAGAGUCGGAUGAACGGAGGGAGCAGAGAGAACAGCACGGUGGACUUCAGUAAGUUGGAUAUGAACUUCAUGAAGAAGAUCCCCCCCGGUGCUGAGGCGUCCAACGUGCUUGUAGGUGAAGUCGACUUUCUGGAUCGACCAAUCAUCGCCUUCGUCCGUCUCUCACCUGCCGUCCUCCUCACCGGCCUCACGGAGGUCCCUGUCCCCACAAGGUUCCUGUUUUUGCUGCUCGGGCCGUUUGGUAAAGGCUCUCAGUACCAUGAGAUCGGCCGCUCCAUUGCCACACUGAUGACUGAUGAGAUUUUCCAUGACGUAGCGUAUAAGGCUAAAGACAGGAACGACCUGCUGUCCGGGAUCGAUGAGUUUCUGGAUCAGGUGACGGUUCUCCCACCGGGCGAGUGGGACCCCACCAUCCGGAUAGAACCUCCUAAAAAUGUCCCAUCUCAGGAGAAAAGGAAGAUACCGGUGCCGAAUGGCUCCGCCCCCCAGACUGAGGUUAUCAAAGAGGAGGAGCAUCAGACUGGACCAGAACUGAAGAGGACAGGACGGUUUUUCGGUGGCCUGGUGUUGGAUGUGAAGAGGAAAGUUCCGUUUUAUUGGAGUGAUGUGCGCGAUGCGUUCAGUCUGCAGUGUUUGGCGUCGGUGUUGUUCCUGUACUGCGCCUGCAUGUCUCCUGUCAUCACGUUCGGUGGACUGCUGGGAGAAAUCACCAAGAACAACAUAAGUGCUAUUGAGUCGUUAUUCGGGGCGUCUCUUACCGGAGUGGCGUACUCUCUCUUUGCCGGUCAGCCCCUUACGAUCCUGGGCAGCACCGGUCCGGUUCUGGUGUUUGAGAAAAUCCUCUUCAAGUUCUGCAGUGAUUAUGGCCUGUCCUACCUCCCCCUGCGCACCAGUAUCGGGUUGUGGACGGCGUUCCUGUGUGUGGUGUUGGUGGCGACAGACGCGAGUUCUCUGGUGUGUUACAUCACACGGUUCACAGAGGAAGCCUUCGCUGCUCUCAUCUGCAUCAUCUUCAUCUACGAGGCACUGGAGAAGCUCUUCCACCUGAGGGACAUGUUCCCCAUCAACAUGCACAACGACCUGGAUAACCUCACCUUCUACAGAUGUCGGUGCUCUCCACCUUUAAAUGCCACACCUGAGCUUACGAACCUGUGGAGUCAGAGCAACUUCACUCCCGAUUCCAUCAACUGGAGCGAACUGAAUGUGUCUACAUGUAAGAAGCUGCAGGGUGUGUUUGUGGGUCCGGCCUGCAGUGAUCACGGCCCCUUCAUCCCUGACGUCCUGUUCUGGUCCAUCAUCCUCUUCUUCACCACCUUCUUCCUCUGCGCCUUCCUCAAACAGUUCAGGACCAAACACUACUUUCCCACCAGGAUUCGCUCUGCGAUCAGUGACUUUGCGGUUUUCCUCACCAUCCUGUUCAUGGUGCUGUUGGAUUACCUAGUGGGGAUUCCUUCACCCAAACUCAACGUCCCCGACACCUUCCAGCCCACCUCUGAAGGCCGUGGUUGGUGGAUGACUCCGUUGGGUUCGAACCCCUGGUGGACGAUGUUAGCGGCGGUGAUUCCUGCUCUGCUCUGCACCAUCCUCAUCUUCAUGGACCAGCAGAUCACCGCCGUCAUCAUCAACCGCAAAGAGCACAAGCUCAAGAAAGGCUGUGGGUAUCACCUGGACCUGCUGGUGGUGGCGGUGAUGUUGGGCGUGUGCUCGGUGAUGGGCUUGCCGUGGUUCGUAGCUGCCACCGUUCUCUCCAUCUCGCAUGUGAACUCCCUGAAGGUGGAGUCUCAGUGCUCAGCUCCGGGGGAACAGCCCAAAUUCCUGGGAAUCCGAGAGCAGAGAGUCACCGGCUUCAUGAUCUUCAUCCUCAUGGGCUUAUCCGUCUUCAUGACCUCCGUGCUCAAGUUUAUCCCCAUGCCGGUGCUGUAUGGAGUUUUCCUCUACAUGGGUGCUUCGUCCCUUAAAGGCAUUCAGUUCUUUGACCGCAUUAAGCUGUUCGGGAUGCCCGCUAAGCACCAGCCUGAUCUGAUCUACCUGCGCUACGUUCCUCUGUGGAAGGUCCAUGUGUUCACCUUCGUGCAGCUCACCUGCCUCGUGCUGCUGUGGAUCAUCAAAGCCUCGGCCGCCGCCGUCGUCUUCCCCAUGAUGGUCUUGGCGCUGGUGUUUGUGCGGAAGCUUCUAGAUUUCUGCUUUACGAAGCGAGAGCUCAGCUGGCUGGACGACUUGAUGCCAGAAAGCAAGAAGAAGAAGGAGGACGACAAGAAGCUCGCCAAAGAGGCAGAGCGAAUGUUGAAGGAUGAAGAAGUGAUGGAGUACGACAGCGACAACCUGCUCAGCAUCAAAGCCCUCAAAGUCAGCUCUGACCCGUCUGUGGUCAACAUUACUGAUGAAAUGGCCAAAACCAGCAUGUGGAAAGCUGUGAACUCUGACCCCUCCAAAGGGCUCAAAUAUAGAGAAAGUGAUAAAAGCCCUAGCAUUAAAAUCACAGUGGAUGAUGUAGACGGGGGGAUGUUUUUGGACACGGAGACAUCGCUAUGACGACGGAGAGAGCCGAACCUCUGAGAGGAGAGAGACGAGUUUCUCACAGCAAAGGCCAAAUGAGUUCCGGAGGAAACAUGCUCACACUGCCCUGUUUUAUCUCUUGCACACACACACAGACACACACAGUGAUUAAAUGUAAGCAGUGUGUAGUGACAGCUGAGGUACGUCAUCACACACAUGAGAGCCCCGCUCCCACAAUGUCCAACUACACACCACUUCUUUUUUUUUUUUUUUUUUUUAAUUAUUUUUUUAAUAAUUUAUUUUAAAGGUAAGUGUUUUAAAGGCGAGACGUCGUGCUGUGGGUUUAGAGGCGAGUCUGUCAUUCCGCUGAUGAUGUAACGCUACACGCUAAACUGGUGGUUAUAGGCUUCCAUUCCGUGUUAGCGGCAUUAGCCUCGUAGCUUGGGUUCGUCACACCGAGAGCUCGUCUCCGCUGACCCCGUGUUCAGGCCGUUACUUUUUAUUUACAUUAUAUACUUCUUGUAAUGUUGCUCUUCUGGGACUGUUAAAUGGUGUAAAGCUGAAAGGUGGCGUUUUUUGUGUGUGUGUGUGUGUGUGUGUGUGUGUGUGGACUCUUCACAGAAAAAUGAAAAAUUCACUUCUAUAUUUAGGAACUGUAAACGGUUCUGUGUUUAACAUCGCCAGAAAAUCCCUCAUGUCCUGUUUACAUGGAAUCAGUGUGUGUGUGUGUGUGUGUGUGUGUGUGUGUGCGCGCGCGCGUCUGGAACCCAGCGUUAGUGCUGAUGUUAGCGCUCCAGUUAUUUUAAAUACGACGGGUUCUCUUUACAUUCUUUCCGUGUUUUUUCUGUGUUCAUCAUCGGAUUAAAUUGACUCAUUAGCGCCCCCUCAGGACAGUCACGUGAACGCCACAGUCGCACCAGAAUGUGUUUGCGUUCUUUUAUUUUUUAAAAGAAAGGUAACUGUUACAUAACACAUCGUGCCUGGUAUUUAUAUAUAAUAAAGAAACCCGAAAUUAUCUGUGAUUUUUUUUUUUAUUUGUACUUUUUAGGCUGCUCAGUUUGAAACUGUUCAUUAAGUUAUUAGACGUUAUUAAUGAAGUAUUUAAAGUUUUAUUAUUUUAGGUUAGAUUUAAAUUUCAUUUCAGAUGAUUCCUGGGUUUUUUUCUCAGCUGUUCUGUUUUAAAAACAUGAUUUUUUUUUUUUUUUUUUAGUUUUUUAGCCGUUUGUGUCUCGGACGUAACGGCGCUCGUCUUCCUUUUGAAGAUUCAGAACAAGUAUUUUUACUCCACUGUGCUGCAGGUUCUCUCUCAGUUCCUCUGUAACGCUGCUCCUUUUCACACGGCGGAUCAUCGUGUACAUUUCUGUAGCCUUCAGCAGACUGUUUAUAAAACUGUAUUCAUACAGGAGUGUGUUUUGUAAAACCUCUACACAGAAUUGUUCAAUAAAAGCAGUAAAGUUGUUAAAGUGA